AUGAAGGCAAUAAGUCGUCAAAGAGGAAAAACUGAACUACUCAUUAUCUAAUGUGUAGUUCGUCGGGCAGCUUUCCUAAAUCCAUUCAGAAUAUCUUUAUAACUUUUGAUGGCAUGUGAAGUCAGUCGGGAACUCGAGUUGCUAACCUCCCGGACUGACACUAAACAGCGCAGCGAUGGCUGUCGAAAAUGUGAGCGCGAUCUUCAAGAUGUACUGCCUGACGGUGAUGACCAUGGUGGCAGCCACGUACACAGUGGCCCUGCGGUACACCAGGACCAUCUCAACGGGCGAUAUGUACUACGCUACAACCGCAGUGUGCCUCGCUGAGGUCAUUAAACUGGUACUGAGUCUGGGGAUGCUGACAAAAGAAACGGGAAGUUUUCCCAGACUGAAGAGCGCUUUAAUGGAACAUGUAUUCUGCAGCCCCAAAGAGCUGCUGAAGCUGAGCGUGCCAUCCGUAGUGUACGCGAUUCAGAACAACAUGGCCUUUCUUGCCUUGAGCAACCUCGAUGCUGCAGUUUAUCAGGUGACCUAUCAGCUGAAGAUCCCGUGCACGGCCCUGUGCAUGGUCCUCAUGCUGAACCGCUCUCUCAACCGCCUGCAGUGGUUCUCCGUCUUCAUGCUCUGCGGGGGCGUCUCACUCGUCCAAUGGAAGCCUGGAGAGGCCACUAAAGUUCAGGUGGAGCAAAAUCCUUUUGUUGGGUUUGUCGCCAUCGCCAUUGCUGUCCUUUGUUCGGGAUUUGCAGGCGUGUACUUUGAGAAGGUGUUAAAGAGCUCCGAUACUUCCCUGUGGGUGAGAAACAUCCAGAUGUACCUGUCUGGUAUUGUGAUCACCCUGAUCGGUGUUUUCCUGAACGACGGUAAUAAGGUCCUGGAGAACGGCUUCUUCUUCGGUUAUACGCACUGGGUGUACUUUGUAGUGCUCUUGGCCAGUGUAGGUGGUCUGUACACGUCGGUGGUGGUGAAGUACACAGACAACAUCAUGAAGGGCUUCUCGGCUGCGGCCGCCAUCGUCCUGUCGACUGUGGCGUCUGUCCUAUUGUUUGGACUGCAUAUAACGAUCCCCUUUGCCGCUGGUGCUCUCCUAGUGUGUGUGUCCAUCUAUCUGUAUGGACUGCCGAAGUCAGAGACAAUGAAGAGGUCCCGGCAGGACUCGGACUCAGAAUCCAAACAGAAACUGAUCAAUGUUUGAGCCGCCGAGUCUCCUGCUGAUCGGGAGGGGGAGGGGGAGGG